GGUGGAUCGAUUCAUACAUGCACAUUGUAAGAAUGAAUGGUCUACAAUUUCAACAUGGCCACAAAAUUGAUGGGGUUACAUCCCCAUGCCAACCUCGUUGUAACAAAUUAUCCUUAAAAAAGUUAUGGAAAGUCUAAAUGCCAUACCUGUUAUGUAGUACACACACCUAACAAAAGCACCCUUAGAAAAAUUGAAAAAUACAUCCAGAUCUUUGGGUGUCAAAGUCUUCUUACUCAUGCAUCCACCGGCGACACGUUGUGAGAAAAGCACGUGCCACCUCUUGGCCUCCAUCCCGGCGGAGCAAACUUGUUGAAACUCAGGAGUGUCUAUAAGCAGUGGUUAGGAAUUUGUUGAUGUAGACCAGAAGACGUCGUGACUGCAUCUGCAUAGCAAAUCACCGCCCAUGAGAAAAAUAUGCCAGAGAGGGCAUGUAGAACGCCCCAGGCCUGACUAGACGGAGUCAGGGAGCACAAAUCUCACACGCUUCCUGACGAGGCCGAGACUGGACAACCUUUGUUGGUCGGAACUCGAGUCGAAGGACGAAGAGGCGCAACCACGUUGUCCGCUCCGUAGGACAACGCAACCAUGACAAACCUACAAAAGAAAAAAAACAAAGAUGGAGAACCAGAUUUAAGGACACAUCAUCUUCCACACGCCUCCCAACAAUAUGAAUAAACACCACUGGAGCGAGUGCGAGGUGGGAAGACCUUAUUCCAUGCCGACGACGACGCCAUUGUCUCGUCAGCGCCGAUCAAAGGCAAACUCUAAAUUUAUUCCUAACCCUACCACCACUAGAAAAUUAUCCAUAGUUAAUUAACACAUAGAUUAUUAGAACAAGACACAUGAAGAUAUAUAUAGUCACCUUUUCUUAUCAGUAAACAAAGAUAUAUAUUAGGGAAAAAAACACAUGUUGCUAUCAUCGAAAAGUAGAAAGAAAACUUAAAGCUAUUGAUGAAAAAAUUUGAACACAUAUUAUGUAGUACAACUCGCACUGUUUCACAAUAUGCAAGAACAAGUAUAUAGCAGCGUAAUUUCCGGACAACAAUAUGAUUUGGACACACGCCGUUCAGUCAAUUUAUAACUGCAGCUAUCCCUCUCUAAAAUAUCUUUUUUGUUUAAGCCCUCUACAUGAGUCGUGCAGCUCAAGCAUUGUCAUUUGUGUGUGAGGUUGUUGUCCUCAUUCAUGAGGACAUUGAGGUAAGAUACAAAGCUUGCCAAACCAGCCGCCAUUAACACAAAAGUUAGGCGUACUCUCGAAAAAAAAAACUUAGGCUGUGAAUCAAUAGACAUGCAUGGAUACGGGAAGUAUGGUGAGGAGUUGGGAGCGACUAUAUGUAGAUAUAUGUAACAUAUGUUAGAGAAAACAAGAACCUAGGCAAUAAUGCUUCUCAUCGAGAUAUGUUGCUGGAUUGCAUCCAUGCAUGGAUAUCUUGCAGCGUUGUGCGAGAGCCACGCGGAACCCCUGCACACCAAGCAAGCAAAAAUUCCGCGAAGCAAAAGAUAUCGCCAGCCUAUGUUUGGACAUCCUACAACCAUGGCGAGCCCGUGGCCAGACCUUAAAAUGCCAUGGCCAUGCACGCCGGGCUAGCUCUCCUCGCAGGUUAAAUUGCCCAUCCUUCCUAUAUAACUUCGACACACUCGCGAUGCAGAGGCCGUCAACCUGCAGCAUCCUCCCGCCGAGCCGUCGCCUGCCUCCUGCUCUCUCUCGGUCUUUAUUUGGCCUGCCCUCCCCGCGCGCACACCGAUAAAUAAACUCUCGACGAGGGCGGUCGAGAAGAGACCGAAAGGAGCAGGAAACAUGGCGCGGCUCUCCGUGACCACCACCACCCUCCUCCUCGCCGCCGUCGCCUUCUUCAUCGCCGCCGGCGCCGCCGAGGCCGGCCAGCCCCACAACGGCGACGCCAUCACCAAGGACUUCGUCUUCGCCCGGGGCAUAAAGCUGCACAUCUCGAAGCAGGGCACGGCGACCGACCACAUCUUCGCCGGGGGCAGCAAGCUCUUCAUCGCGAGGCACGACGCGGCGCCGACCGACCACGCCUUGGCCGGGGGCAGCAAGCUCUUCAUCGCGAGGCACGACGCGGCGCCGGCCGACCACGCCUCCGCCCGGGGCAGCAAGCUGGACGUCACGCAGAGCAAGAUCAGCAUCCCGAAGAAGAGGCUCGCCGUCUCGCAGAGCAAGGCGUCCGUCCAGAAGAAGGGCUUCAUCUUCCUGGAAGGGCCCAAGCUGGGCGGCGGCGGCGCGGCGUCGGCGGACACGGCGGGCGCGGCCCCGGGGGCGGUGCAGGCGUGCGACCAGCUGGAGGCGUACCAGAGGGUGUGCCACACGCUGCUGCACCUGCCCGGGGUGACGACGCCGCGGGCGCUGAUGGAGACGGCGGUGCGGGUGGCGCUGGGGCGGGCGCGGGCGGCCAAGGUGACGUUCGACGCGGCCAAGGCGGCGUCCGGGGCCGGGAACCCGAUGGCGUCCAUCCUGGGGUCGUGCGAGCAGAACUACGACGACCUGGUGGACGCGCUGGAGGGGGUGAGCCGGGCGAUGCACAAGCCCGGCACCAGCAGCGAGAGCCUGGUGGAGAAGAUGACGGCGGCCAGCACCUACGCCGGCGACUGCGACAACUGGUACGAGGAGCGCGACGUCAAGUCGCCCUACGAGGUCAUGCAGCGCCACCUCGCCCAGAUGGUCUCCGUCGCCCUCGGCCUCGCCAACAAGAAGCUCUGAGCAAGCAAGCGGAUCCAUCGGAAUCUAUCCAUGGAAACACACGACGUAUGCUCGCUAUGCUUUGCUGCGCGUGCUGAUUAAUGCAUGGACUCUUGAUUUGUGAAGGGCGUGGUGUGGUGUGCUGUAUGCCGUAUGCAUGCACUUGAUGCUAUAUAUACUAGUAUGUGAUCAAGGUUUGAGGAAGUUUGUAGUGCUAGUGUACUAGUGUAUGCUAACACGGCAAGCAGGUUGACCUCAUUAAUCUAAAAUAUUUCAUUUCAAAUCAAAUGUUACUCUAUUUGGCUUUC